AUGGGAUGUGCUCGCAUUUCUAUCUGCCUUGUCAUCCGCAAAGUCCUUCCUGGCACUGUACCGAAGUACACCGCACUUGGUUUCGCUGGCUUCACGGCACUCUGGACUCUAUCGGGUGUUAUCGCGACUGCUUUCGCAUGUGCCUUGCCGCAUCCCUGGAUUUUCGUCAGAAAUACACAGUGCUACGAUGUGACGGCAUUCGUAAACUACAUCGGCAUUACCAACAUCAUAGUAGAGAUCCUACUCGUACUCAUACCGCUCGUGGUUUGGAAUCUCUAUUUCUUCAACAAUACCGACCUUACGGACCAGACUUACGCCCGAUGGCCGACAGUACUCAGCGAGCAAAUCGCACAGAACCUGGCCAUCAUCACUGCUUGCUUACCGGUCCUCAAUCCCUUCAUUAUCAAGAUAAUAGCCGGCAAGAUUGAGCCCGAGGAGAUAUCAUACACCAACAGCGCCCCGCUCUUCAUCAAACGCUACUUCGAGCACAAGCCGCAGGCACCCAUCUUCGACUACACCACUUCACACACUGGAUGA